AUGACUUUUCUCACAUCAUCUCAUAAUAUAGACUACUUCUUGCAAGCAAUCGAAGAUUUAAAUGAGGAAACAGACGUCGUUAGCGCCGGCAUUACAUUCCACGGCUUUUCCGUCAUUAAAGAUUCAAAUCCUAUUAAAAAUACACUCAAUGUUUGCGAAAAAUUAUUCUCGUCUCUGAUUUCUGGAGUGGUGGUCGAGGACAGGGCGCCCUCAGACUCAAUCACAUACACCACAACCUAUCAUAACAUACCGACAAUUGGUAUUACUAAUCGCGAGGCCAUACUAUCGGACAAAAGUAUUUACCCGACUUAUGGCCGAACUGUGGCCUCGUUUUCAAAUCAAGCGGACGUUUGGGUGGAAAUUCUGAACCACUUUAACUUCAAUUGUGUUGUAUUCAUUCACAGCAAUGAUAUUAACGGACGACGGGUUCAGAAGAGGUUCGAAGUGUUGGCCGAUGUGUCCAACAUUAAGGUGGAGACAGUCAUUGAAUACGAGCCCUCAUUCCCUGAUAUAUCAAAACAAUUG